AUGAAGCUUCUUACGCACAAUUUGCUGAGCUCGCACGUGCGGGGGGUGGGGCCCCGCGGCUUCCCCCUGCGGCUGCAGGCCACCGAGGUCCGUGUCAACCCGGUGGAGUUCAACCCCGACUUCGUUUCACACGACACCAGCAAUGAUAUUCCUGGUGUCAUGACAUCUCCUAAUCCAAGCUUUACCUUCUGGCAGAUCCAUGUCAAAUUCCAGCUCUUUUGA